CCGAGAAAUGCAGCGGGAGCAUCCAUUUUGGCCUUCCAAAGACAGAGGCUUGGAAAAGGAAAGGAAGUGGUAAUGGAGCUGUGUUCAGCAACUCCCUGCGUAUCAAAUCACCCCAAAAUUCCCUAUCACUUCCGCCCCAAGACCUCUCUCACUCUCCAGAAAACCCUAAUCUCCCCCACCAGCCGCCGCCUCUACUCCCGGAUCAGAGCAACAUUCUCUGAGGAACCAAAUCAAUAUGUUAAAGAAGACCGAAAUGGUGCAGUGGCGGUGGAAGAAAGUCCAGUACUCACCGAAAUUGAAACUGAGGAAGCAACAGCAGCUGAAGUCAGUGAUGAGUUUUUUUUUAACCUGUUUGACCCUGAAGAGGCAUUUUCUGUUCUUUUUUAUGCAAGUGGUGCCCUGGUUGCCUUUUGGCUGGUUGUAGCUGUUGUUGGUGCUAUUGAUUCUAUUCCAUUGUUUCCAAAAUUGAUGGAAGUUGUGGGUCUUGGCUACACCACCUGGUUCGCCACCCGAUAUCUGCUUUUCAAGAAAAAUAGGGAUGAGUUGGCUGCCGAAGUUGCAGAGUUUAAGCAGCAGGUCCUUGGCUCUGAUGAUGAUUGACAUGAAUCUUACAGGAAUGGUUGAAUGCGGUCAUAGCUAGGUUCCUCCAAAGUUCUGUUAACAAAAAGAAAGUAUAUUGUCGAGAUAUUUUUCCCCUUUCGAAAUGAAGUUAAUCUUUUACUCUCCAUACCAAA